CAGGAGCACCAGCGGAGGCUGGAGUCAGUCCAUCUGUAACAGUGGAAAGAAAGAGCGAGGCUGCAGCUGAGCCAACAAAAGCAUCAGCCCCGGCCCAGGCGCUCGAGGAGAGCACGGGAGAGGAGCGUAGCUGCAGGAGCAAAAGCCCCAGCGCAGGCAGCAGCCAGCACAGGACGUGAGGCAGGGGAGCAGACAACAGAGCUACAGCUCCUCUGAUUAAGACGCGGACUCCUUUCUGGCGGAGAAAACCCACAGCAGAGAGGGCGAACAGUUGGUGUGAUGACAGGCAGAAACUGAAGAGUUUUUGGAGCAUUCUGUUCUUUCACAGAUUACCCAAUCCACUUACUGGAAAGUGACAACCAGUAGGACACAAGUCCACCCUGGGUAAACUUGGCAUUUGAUAUCAUUUCUGUUUGUGAAAGUGGGAAAGAUUUUUCAUGUGCUGUAGUGAAGAAAUAGCUUGAAGGCUUUCCUGACUCAGUAAGGAAGCCCUGUGGGUUGUUCUGGAUCAGCUGCUACCUAGGCAACAUUGCAACAGGCAACUUCAACUACUACUGGGGCACUUGGACAAGAGACUGCUAUUUCACUUACAAUAUUCCUUCUUAAAUCAUCCCAAUUUCCUUAGAACAAAUUUUUCUCUCUAGCUGAGCAACAAAGACACCAAGAAACAUGCCAGAGCAAAGCAAUGAUUACAGGGUGGUUGUGUUUGGGGCUGGAGGAGUUGGCAAAAGUUCUCUGGUCCUGAGAUUUGUGAAAGGUACUUUCAGAGAGAGCUACAUCCCUACCAUAGAAGACACCUAUCGGCAGGUGAUCAGCUGUGAUAAAAGUAUAUGCACUUUGCAGAUAACUGACACUACCGGAAGCCAUCAAUUUCCAGCCAUGCAACGUCUUUCUAUUUCUAAAGGACAUGCUUUCAUUUUGGUUUACUCUAUCACCAGCCGACAGUCCUUGGAGGAACUCAAACCGAUCUAUGAACAAAUAUGUCAGAUUAAGGGAGACAUAGAAAGCAUUCCUAUAAUGCUCGUGGGGAACAAAAAUGAUGAGAAUCAAAAUCGAGAAGUGGACAGCAGUGAAGGAGAAGCCAUGGCCAAGAAGUGGAAGUGUGCCUUCAUGGAGACCUCUGCCAAGCUGAACCACAAUGUGAAGGAGUUAUUCCAAGAGCUGUUAAACCUGGAGAAACGCAGGACUGUGAGUUUACAAAUCGAUGGCAAAAAAAGCAAGCAACAGAAAAGGAAAGAGAAGCUGAAAGGCAAGUGUGUGCUCAUGUGAUACUGCACUAACAGAAGUCAGUCAUGCUGUCUCACCUACCUGAUAUUACCUAUAGACAGCAAACAACCAUACAAGACCCUAUUGAUUGGUAUCUGUUUUGAAAGAAAUAUUUGUAAUUUGAAAAAAAAAUGAGUUACUGUGGUUACUAUGAAAAUUUUUCAAAAAU